UCACUUCACUCUCACAUAUUCUACAAGCCGUGCAGUCGCGCAAGGUGAGCUGUGGAAAGACCAUAUACAAGGAAGCCCGCAGUUGAUGACUGAUAUACGCAAGGAUUUGUUGGACAUAUAGCCUUAUGAGAAAUUACAUUUUUUAUUUUUUCCUACGGCACCCAUUGGAGACCAUAGUUGACGAGAACAGAAUACACGGGGAUGCUGUUGGUUUAGUUCAUUGGUCGUGACAAAUUUCGUUUAGCACGGCAACGGAAUGCUGUAAGACCGGAGUCGACAGGUUCGGGGUUCCUCUCGUGAGCAGAGGGAAGAGAGGGAGCACCAUAAUCAGAUGAGCGUCCCUGCGUUUGGCGAAGUUGCUGAGCUCCCGCAACUGACGUGAGCGGCAUUUCCUAACGCUACCGACUCCAGCGGACAUCUCUCUCGCGGCCGUUGGAUUGGGAAUAACCGCGGCACCUUGAGCAAGUGGAUUAAAAAAAAAACUACGUCAAGAUUGUAUUUUUCUUUAUUAUUGAAAUUUGGAUUGUCAGCUGUGGGGGGUUUGAGGGCUGAAGUGGCUGCGUUUCAAAGCGGACAAGAAGCGCAGCUUCCAGCCCGACUCGACCUUUCGGGGCUGGAUUACGGAGGAGUUAUCGUCUGUUAAGCAGCAGACUGAUGAUGUGUCAGCGCGGUGGUGCCAUGUCUCAGCGACGGGGCGCCACGUUGGCGUGGAUCGCGCCGCUGCUCCUGCUCUCGCUCGGCUCCGCCGUCACGGGCAUCCAGUACCAGCUGGCCGAGGAGAAGCCGCCCAACACGCUGGUAGGCAGCCUGGCGUCGGACCAGGGCCUGCCGGACACGGGUCACCUUUACAAGCUGGAGGUGGGCAGCCCUUACCUGCGCGUGGACGGCAAGACCGGGGACAUCUACACCACCGAGGUCCCCAUUGACAGGGAGACCCUGAAGGACUGCCGCUACCUGUUCGAGGGUGACCCCUGCUACCUGGAGUUCGAGGUGUCCAUCACCGACCUCAUCAAAGGCCAAAGCCCGCGCCUGAUCGAGGGCCGCAUCGAGAUUCUGGACCUGAACGACAACACGCCGCAGUUCGCCUCGCCGAUCCUCUCGCUGUCCAUCCCUGAGAACACGCACGUGGGCACGCUCUUCCCCAUCCCCACGGCCACGGACAAGGACUCGGGCUCCAACGGCAUCGCCGACUACUCGCUGACCGCUCCGUCGGACGCCGCCAGCCUCUUCAGCCUGCAGGUGGCGCAGGACACGGAGGAGAAGCUGCCGCAGCUCAUCGUCCUGGGCAACCUGGACCGCGAGGCGCGCGACUCCUACGACCUCAGCAUCAAGGUGGUGGACGGAGGGCAGCCGCCGCGCUACAGCAGCGCCCUGCUGCGUGUCGCCGUCACCGACGUCAACGACAACCCGCCGCGCUUUGAGAGGUCGCACUACGAGGCCGAGCUGCUGGAGAACAGCCCCACAGGGCACUCUGUCUUGCAGGUGAAAGCUAAUGACUCUGACAUGGGUCCCAAUGGAGAGGUGACAUACAGCCUGCACCAGGCCUCAGCUAUGGUGCAGAGGCUUCUCAACAUCGACAGGACAACAGGGAUCAUUUACGUCAAGGGCCUAGUGGACCGAGAGGAGGUGGGCGUCCUCAAGUUCUAUGUGGUGGCGAAAGACCAAGGCCCUCCGGUCAAGAGCUCCAAGGUCCAGGUGACCAUCACCAUAAAGGAUCAGAACGACAACGCACCCACCAUCACCAUCCGUGGCAUCGGGCUGGUGACUCACGAGGACGGUGUGGCCAACAUUUCGGAGGACACGCCCGUCGGCACCCCUGUGGCGCUGGUGGAGGUGUCAGACCGAGAUGAGGGGGAGAACGCCAUCGUAACCUGCGUCGUGGCCGGAGAUGUGCCUUUCGAGCUGGCCCGAGCCAGUGAGUCGGCCAACGAGAAGAAGAGAAAGUACUUCCUUCAGACAACUACGCUGCUCGACUACGAGCGCAUCAAGGACUACAGGAUUGAGAUAGUGGGUGUUGACUCAGGCAAUCCAGCUCUGUCAAGCACAAACUCACUGAAAGUCCAAGUCACAGACACUAAUGACAAUGCUCCCAUUUUUUCCCCAUCCUUGUUUGAGGUUGAAUUCGCUGAAGAGAACCAACCUGGGGACAAAGUUCUGGAUGUAGUUGCAACUGAUGCAGACAGUGGCACCAAUGCUGAGCUCACGUACAGCAUAAUCAUGGACUCGUCCAUUAAGGGGCUCUUUGAGAUCAACGCCAACACCGGCGAGAUCCGUGUUCUGAACCAGCUCGACCGCGAGCACCAAGAAAAGUAUGAGUUCCACGUGGCCGCUGCAGACAAAGGUGUCCCAAGUCAACGGGGGACAGCCACCGUCGUGGUCCGAGUUCUGGACCGCAACGACAACGACCCCAAAUUCAUGCUGAGCGGAUACAGCUUCUCCGUCCUUGAGAACAUGCCCCCGCUCAGUCCUGUCGGCAUGGUGACAGUUAUCGAUGCAGACAAGGGAGAGAAUGCCAAAGUGAGUCUGUCGGUCGAGCCAGACAACGGGAAGUUUGUCAUCCAGAACGGAACGGGAACGAUCUUGUCGAGCAUCUCCUUCGACCGGGAGAAGGAGAGCACCUACACCUUCCGGUUGAAGGCGGUUGACGCAGGCGACCCGCCUCGCUCUUCCUAUGUGGGCGUCACCAUUAACGUCCUGGACGAGAACGAUAAUGCCCCCUACGUCACCAAGCCCGCCAACUCCACCUACAAGUUCCUUCCUCCACUCACGAGCCCCGAGACUCAUGUGGAGAGGGUGGAGGCCGAGGACAUGGACACUGGGCCCAACGCGGAGCUCGAGUACAAAAUCGACGGCGGCAAUCCACACGGCCUCUUCCGCAUCUCCCAGAGCGAGGGCGAGAUCACGCUGACCAAAGAGUUCACGCGCAAGCACAACGGCCUUCAUCGGCUGGUGAUCAGGGUGAUGGACAAGGGCAAGCCUUCGCGUCACACCAUCGCCCUGGUCCACAUCUUUGUGAACGAGACCAUUGGAAACGUCACCCUAGUGGAGUCCCUGGUGGGCCACAGCCUGUACACGCCGCUGGACGUUGACAUCGCAGGCGACCCCCAAGAGUAUCUGCGCCUCCAGCAGAGCAACAUUGUGUACGGCAGCCUGGCGGGCUUGGCUGGAGUCAUCCUCGUCAUCGUGGUCGUGGUGGUGAUCAGGCAUCGGCUCCAGAAGGAGACCAAAAGUGGCUACCAGGCGGGCAAGAAAGAGAGCAAAGACCUCUACGCUCCAAAGCAGGGCCCCAAGAGCAGCAAGAGCAAAAAGGGCAAGAAGAACAAGGCGCCCAAGCCUGCCAAGCCCUUAGAGGAGGACGAGGAGGCCAGCCUUCAGAAAGGCUUGAAGUUCAACCUCAUGAACGACAGUGUCAACGACAGCCCCAGGAUCCACCUGCCCCUCAACUACCCCCCGGGCAGUCCGGACCUGGGCCGGCACUACCGCUCCAACUCCCCUCUGCCCUCCAUCCAGCUUCAGCCGCAAUCUCCGUCAGCCUCCAAGAAGCACCAGGCCGUUCAGGACCUCCCCGCCACCAACACCUUUGUGGGAACGGGAGACAACAGCUCGACAGGGUCGGACCAGUAUUCGGAUUACAGGAUUACGGCCAACCCUCCGAAAUACAGCAACAAACAGGUAGGCGACUACUACAUAAGCGCGCCACGGUACAACGGGAAUAUAAUCUGGAGCGACGAUGUUUGGUAGGGAAUCGGACUGAAUGUAUAUGAAAGAGCUAUAUAUAAAUCACAAGAAGCCAAAGUUGCACUGAUUCACAGCUGAGUGAGCAUGUCACUAUAAAGCGCAGUAGGACGAGUUUUUCAUGACGGUUUUUGGUUUUUGGUUUGUGUUUUUUUUUUUCCAUUUUACUGUUUAUUUUCAUAGUUUUGUGUUUCACCUUUUGAUAAGGAUACACUUUACACUUUGACAUAAUUUAUGUUCAAAUAACUAUCUGGGAUUAAGUGAAGGAUCUGACACAAUAUUUUGUUUCAGUUUGUUUUGUUCCAUUUUGUGUUCUGAAGAGAUCAUUCAAAUGUUUAAAUCAGCGUACACUGACAUGCUCAAAGGCCUACAUCAGAGUCGUCAUGACAAAAACAAAAUGUGUUGCUGGCAGGAAAUCGUUCGAUUCAUGUUUGUUCUUUCAUGUUAUUAAUACAUGCCUUACUCUGGAGAAUCAAGCAUUUUAAGGCAUGCAGGCAAUUUGGCAAAGGCCAUUUCCCCUGGUUUGUCUUCUGUUGAGUCUAGCGACUUUCUGUGGGUUUGGAAUGGGAAGGGGCAGCACUGUAAACGCGAGAAGAGAAGAACGAAAAGCACACUUGUGGUAUAAGGCUCUUAGGUGUUUGCGUGUGUUCGAGCCGGACCACAACACACACACACACACACACCCACCCACCCACCCACCCCGUCAGGCCUUUGAAAAACGACUUUAAUUACUUGGCUCUCGUCUUAGCGGAGCUUAAGUAAAUUGUUUGCACAGAUUAAUGGCAGGUAAUAUGCCCCUGCUUCUACCCCCUUUGCCGCAUAGACUGUGAGUGCCUUGCUUUAUUUAAUGUGCAUACGAGGGCUCGUUAAACGUAUGCCCAUAACGAGCUUCCCAUGUCAGUGCGUUACGGGCCAGUUGUAAGUUAUGGAUUCCGGUAAGGUGUGAUUUAUGUUUUGUCACAUUCCACUGUGAAAGGAGAAGAAACACGAAAGAAGGAAACAAAUAGGCAUCCAUGGCUAAUGGUGUUUUGUUGCAGUAAUGCUUCCAGAAAGCCAAAAGGAAGAAUCACUGUUGUUAUUGUGUGACCUCAUUUUGAGCAUUUAGCUGACAAUCGUGUUGGGAGGUGAAGGGGUGAAGUUCAAGAGAAAUGUACAUAUUGUUUGUGAAUAUAAUUUUAUGUUUGUGUAUGUUUGUUGUCAUUGUUGUUUCCCAUUGUGUUCUUGUUGCUGGCAGCGUAUUGUUUUUAUUUUUAUUUCUUUUUUAUUUACACUGGUUACUUUACACUGGUUACUCAAGGUCGCAUCAGUAACUAGAUAUUUCACAAUGAAGGAUUAUUAUUACUCUCUGCUAUGGCAUACACGACUACAAAGAGUAUCCACAGACAUCAGAUAGUCUCUCUCACACACACACACACACACACACACACACACACACAGGCAUUCUAUAC